AAGGUCGCAAUAUGAAUAGGGAGAUUUGAGUGUGAUCUGUAUUCAUGCUUUGUGCUCGAACCCUAUGUACAAGUUUAGUCUGCGUUUUGAAAAACAUGAAUAAACGCGAAAGAAAGAAUGCCAAAAAGGCUGCAGCUAAAGCUAUGUUGACUAAGAAACGACAAGAGAAGAAACGAUUAGCGACUGACUUUGUGCAUUACGAAAAUUCCAGUAUCAGUGACUACUACAUUGAUGGGAUAUUUAGAAAGGUUUUCCCCUAUCAUUUUGUCUUCAAAGCUUAUGCAAAGGACAGGUGGAUUAAUCGUAAGCUCUGUGAUGUCCUGCAGUCUGAAUUCAAUAAUAAUUCUGAUGAAGCAAUCGCACAGAAAUGUGAAUCAGGUGAAAUUUUAGUAAAUGAUGCAAAAGUUGAUCCUGAAUAUAUUAUAAAUGACAGUGAUCUCCUUUCUCAAAAGGUUCAUCGCCAUGAGUGUCCUGUACUAAAUCUUCCCAUUGAGUUUGUACACGAUUCAGACGAUAUUCUAGUGGUCAAUAAACCUCCCUCCAUACCUAUUCAUCCUUGUGGCCAGUACACACUUAACAGCAUCACACAUAUUUUGGCCAAGGAUUAUGGUCUUCGUCCUCUACGAUUUACCCACCGCCUUGAUAGAAUGACUUCUGGACUACUGUUAAUCGCCAAGAACUACGACACAUCUGUACGUCUGCAAUCACAAAUUAGUAGUAAGGAGGUUGCAAAAUAUUAUAUAUGUCAUGUUGAAGGCUGUUUCCCAACCGAACCAAUCAAUCAAUGUACUGGCUUUGAGAUAAACAAUGGAGUAGUGGUUUGUAGCCAACCUGUCGGGCCCAUUAGUCGUAGAAUGGGUGUACAUGGCGUUUUACCAGAAUCAGCUGGUGGGAAGCUCGCUCGGACACAUUUCUUACGCUUAAACUACAAUCCUGUCACGAAUACAAGUCUAGUCAUAUGUCGUCUAUUCACUGGGCGUACACAUCAAAUCCGAGUACAUGUGCAGUACUUAGGUUAUCCAAUUGUUGAUGAUCCCCUAUACAAUUCAGCUGAUUGGGGUGAAUUAAAAGGGAAGGGUGCUAAUUAUGGAAUGACUCUGGAAGAAGUUGUCCAAAGAUUGAGUGAUUCUCGUAACAGGGAAAAGUACAGAAUCCAAGAGACCAAUGAAAAGUUGGAAAGUUCUCUUGAUCCAAAUAUAUUAGAACGUCUGCAAUUGUGUAAAGAUCCCUUAUGCCCUGAUUGCAAACUUACUUUCAAGGAUCCAGAAAUGAAUAACUUAAUACUACGACUGCACGCUUAUCGUUAUAGUGGAUCUGAUUGGUGCUAUUCUGCACCUUUACCCAGUUGGGUUAUAAAUGAGAACGUACCAGACUUGCAUGGUGCAAUAGAAGAGGCAAUGAAACAGUUGUAAAUAUUUGUGGGUAUAUUAGUUUUUCUCCAUA